CCUGGUUGUACCACCUCCGUUAAUGUUUGUUGAUUAUGAUAAUACAGGGUGCCUGUGGGGCUCGUUGUGAAGGAUCCAUAACCUAACCUAACCGAAUCAAAAUGUUGGGUUUUGAUUUUUUUCCUCAGUUUUGAAUGAUUUUCACGCAACGGACUAAACGCGAGUUAUCUUCAAAAGAUCACUUGGAAUAAUGAAUCCUGGGAUCUCCUAGACAUUUCUUUGCUUCUCUCUUUCUAUGAAGGAAUUGCAAGUCUACAUGUCAGUCCUCUCAGGCAAAAAGUCAAGAGAUCCCCAAUGUGCUUUGUGACUCCGAAGAAUGAGAAAUGAAUGUGAAGCUGAAGAUUGAUAGACGAAGAACAAGAUGAAGAUCUUCAUGGUCAUUAAAUGAGAACCAACAUUUUUUGAUUCACAGAACCAGAAGCUCCUUUGUCAUGAAUGAACUAAAAAAAGUGUAGUCUACGCACUGUUAAGAGUUUUUUGUUCACGAUACGUCCUGCGCAACCGCAACAUUAAUAACAGGACAGAGCUACGGCCACGAUUGCAUUUUUUUUUCUCAACCCAUGAACCUAGAAGUCGAUAAUUGCUAGGAGUUUCUUGUUCUUCGACAUAAAGAUUUAUUUAGAUCAUUUUGGUUCUUAAGAGGACUUGCAAGAAAUUUAUUACAUACGUCGCUCUCUCGCUGCUUCCGUACUAGUAUAUCUACCCAGGAACAAAAAAAAAUUUCUACUUGUUGUUUAGUUCUUUCACCUCUGUCUUACAAAAAAAAUGCCGGAAGGAGGUGGUAGCCACAAGCUCGGCGAUGCCGGUGCUCGGGAUAUUAGGGCAGCCAACAUCUUAGCCGCAACCGCAGUCGCAGACACUGUGCGAACGAGUUUGGGACCUAGAGGUAGCUAUCUAUACUACAGAUCGAGUAGUAUUAGAAGCAGCAACUACACUGAGUGGAAAAACAAAUCGAAUGAAUGAACGGAUCGAUAGUGCAAACGUUAUUUCUAGUACAACUUUGAUCUCAAAUACAAGUACAAAAAUACAACAACGUUUCCCAAGACACUCUCCAUCAAACACAACGACACAGGUAUGGAUAAGAUGAUCGAGGAUCCACGUGGCGAAGUUAUGAUUACAAACGACGGCGCAACCAUCCUGAAGGAAUUGUAUUACCCUCUUUAAAUUUUUUGUCUUUCUGCUGGCUUAGCAGUAGUUGCGUUACUUGUUGCAUCACAUCCUUGUCAUUGCUAGUACUAGAAGUUAGCACGACAUUAAUGAAACUUACGACGUGGUUGCCCCUCCCAGACUGAAGUCAAUUUGAUGACCAAUUAUCAACUGCAGGCGUGUGUCCCAUCCUUGUGCGAAGAUGUUGGUCGACUUAUCGCGAUCGCAAGAUAUUGAAGCAGGAGAUGGCACAACCAGUGUUGUUGUGACAGCCGGAGCCCUCUUAAAUGCGGCAGAGCAAUUGUUGGGAAAAGGUAACUUGCUAGUAGUCGGUUAUCCCUACUAUUCAUACUACAAGUACAACAACAAGCAAAUGCGAGAAAUUUCAAAUUAAUACAUCAUCCUUUUUUACGAUGAUACCAACAAAGAGAGUAAAUUACAACUAAUCCUACACAUACAACGAGUGGAGCUGGAGGUUUUUUGUACAACUACACACAAUUUUUAUGCUCACUCACUCCCACAACACCACAUCUGACAAAAGGCAUCCACCCCCAGACGAUUACGGAGUCGUUUUUGAAGGCAGAGAACAAGGCAGAGGAAAUUUUACAGGACAUGUCUAUUCCAGUCUCAUUAGGCGACCGCGACGCAUUGAUUCGGAAUGCCAGUACCUCCCUUAACUCCAAAGUCGUUGCUCAGAGCGCAGAUGUCUUGGCACCAAUCGCAGUGGAUGCGGUAGUUUUAUUUUGGGUUACUCGCUAGAUGAGUUUUGUUUGUUAGGAACUAUUUUCAUCUGGACGUGUUGUCAAAUAAAGUAGACAAAAAAUUGAUAAACAUUUCUUUCAUGCACUACACCUUUGCUCUCCAACACCAUUCACCAGGACUCUUUACCCCACGCCGCUGUCUCCCUUCACGCUCCUUCCUCCCCCUAUCUCACCUAUAGGUUUUAAAGCUAGUUGAUGGCGACGCGACAGUUGAUAACGUCGACUUGAAUGACGUGAGGAUAGCCCAAAAAAUCGGAGGAACCAUGGACGAUACUGAGUUAGUGGACGGCUUAGUCCUCACCCAACAAGUAGCACGAAAUGCAGGAGGCCCGACACGCAUUACCAAUGCGAAGAUUGGUAUUCCUUGAUUGUUGUAUUUUCAGAAUAAUGUAGAUAUGGGACUACAUGGUAGUAUCGACUAAAAUAAGUUUGUCUUUCAUAGGGUCUAUGGUAAGUAGCAAACUGAACAUUGAUCUGCGAUCCACCAUAAGCUUUUUAUGAUGGGGCCUCUCCUAUCCACUGUCAACAGGUUUGAUCCAAUUUUGCCUGUCGCCUCCGAAGACGGAUAUGGAGAGCAAUGUUACUGUCAAGGAUUACAACCAAAUGGACCGCAUCCUCCGUGAGGAGCGUAUGCACAUUGCGAAAAUGGUCAAGAAAAUCGCACAGACCGGUUGCAACGUUUUACUCAUACAGUUAAGGCUCGGAUUAUAGUUCAUUUCCACAACAAGUCAUGUCUCACGACUCUUUUGAAAGAGUGAGAGGAAGGAAGACUGAAGUAGCCGAAGUGGAACACCCUGCUGUAAUUAAAGUCUUUUAUACCCCGCGAAUGGGUACACUACUACUACUAAUAAGAAGGCAUGAGUGAGAAACUGAAGAAGCAUAUUUUUGAGCUCGCGAGUUAGUUGUCUUCCGGAUGUCGAGUAUAGCUUCUAAUACAAAAGUCUAUCCUUCGCGAUGCAGUGACGGAUUUGAGUUUAGAUUUCUGCGCGAAGAUGAAAAUUAUGGUCGUAAGAGACAUCGAACGCGAAGAUAUCGACUUUAUCUCGCGUAUCCUGGGCUGCGAACCGGUGGCGGACUUGGAAAACUUCACAGCAGACAAAUUGGGCACAGCAGGAUUAGUCUAUGACGACAACCUAGGUACUAUAACCUCAUAGUUUUAGUUUAUAAUAACGAUGAAGAUGAAGAUCAAGAUUUGCAUUUUUUUAGGGGCUGCAGAGGUUCCGUAAGUAGGGGGAUAUCUUUCCCUUUUGUUCCAAGAUGACAACACAACUUUUCUACUCCUGCUACCCCAUAAUCAAUUCGAAAACAAGGUACCUCCGGCACUAUGGGCGUGACUCGCUUUGCGGAACUGAAGGCGGCAGAGAAGAAAUGCGUCUCUAUUCUCGUGCGAGGUUCAAAUAUGAUGUUGUUGGCUGAGACGGAGAGGUCUUUGCAUGAUGCACUCUGCGUGGUGCGGUCUUUGGUGAAAAAGAAGGCGCUUAUUCCAGGAGGCGCAGCACCAGAAAUGGAAAUGUCCACAAAACUCAAGAAAUGGGCGAGGACGGUACUUCUACUGGGGGUUGCUCUUUACAGCAGAAAUAGUGUAGCUAGUGACCUGAUUUUAUUCGAAAGACCGUACUUCUUGGUUGGUAGAAAACAGUACUUCAUUCUUGUUAUGUAUUUGCAGUGACUGAUGGAAGAACAUCUAUGCUGUACGAACAAACUCAAAAAAAUGGUUCUCAUCGUCUUCUUUGUCUCAACAAAAUGAAAAACAAUACUCUCAUAGAUUGGCGGCGUCGAAGCCAUUUGCGUGGAAUAUUUCGCUGAAGCGUUAGAGCGCAUCCCUUACACUCUCGCUGAGAACGCAGGACUCAACCCCAUUGAUAUCGUGACCAAGCUGCGCAGUGCCCAUGCGGUCGACAACCAGAAGUAUGCUGGAAUCAAUGUGAAGAAGGCUUGCAUCUCCGACAUGAAUAAGGAGAACGUGGUGCAGCCGCUGUUGGUGUCUGUGUCGAUUAUCAAGAUGGCCACAGAAACGGUGCGAUUGAUCCUCAAAAUCGAUGACAUCGUCAUGACACGAUAAGCGGAUGAUUUCGAAUAUCGAUUUUGACACGUUCAUGACACUACUCGGAUGCAGCUGCUUUCGAGGGCGAUUGAAGAUGCCAGUAGUUCAGUAGCGUCUCGAAGGAUGAAAAUCAUCGAGGUGCCGCCUUGGUGAUUCUUUCCCCUGCUUUGGCUUGGGGAAAAGCUGCGAUGCUGGUGUCUGAUUUCGAAGUCAGACGGGUCUGAGUUUCAAAGGGACGUGACGAUGAUCACAGCACGUGCUUGCUUCUCUCUAGAGAAGAUGUAGCUCACUUUAUUUUACGACACGACAAAGUAGAUUGCAGUCAUGAUUUCUUACGAAUCCGUAUAGAGGUUCCUUCAAAUUCAAAGAGUUCUAGUGUAAGUAUCCCCCCUAAUCAUCAUGUAUUGACCCCCAGCACACGACACACCUGCUUGAUAUUAAUCCCGUUGUUGCACUACCCACUGUUCAGAGACUAUUCUACUGUUGUUGAAAUUGAGUUCUACUGAGUCCUUAAUGUUCUUUGUAUUUACGAUAUAUGUCUAUUAACAACUGAGAAGCUGGAAAGUGUUAGUGUUACCAAGCGAAAUCUAUUCAACGGAAACCAUCUUUCAACGUUGUCAUUUGUUGAUACAGAGAAGUUGAAGGAGAAUGAAAAAAGAA